AUGUUUGUAGAGAGACCAUGUCGGUUGCGCCUUUUGUCUGUUGCCGAACCGAGGCUACCGUUUCUGUCUGUCGUCGUCUUCUUCUUCUUCUCCGAGAUCCCCCGUCGUGGAAGGGAUUUAGGUGAUAUGGUGUUUGUCCAACUCACGUGUGUGCGUCAGGAUCAUAUUUUUGGGGACAAAUGAGAAGCGACAGGGGAUCUCCUCGCCAGGUUGGCGAGUCGCCAAGUGGCGCGGUUGUCAGACGACACUUUAGUCAUCCUCCCUCUCCCUUCGCAUUUUGACUGUUUCGAGUGCGGCCCCCCAUCACAUCGUAGUUUGUCAAGUGCGCUCUAG